AAAGGAAAUAGCUGAGUUGAGGUUGAGGCCAGUUUCCGGUGGCUUUGGCAAGUCAGCUGUUUAGAAACAGUUAAGUUAGUAACAGUUAUUCUUUGUCGGCUUGACUGUGCGAACGAGAGCGAUUCAUUGUGCGUCGUAUUGGUGUAGGUGUAGGUAGAAUGCGACACCAGCUCGCUCUGAGUUUAGUAGCUCAACUCGUCUGCAUAGUUACAACUAUUGAAGACCAGGAGUUUUGGUUCCAAAAAGGCCAGAGGGAACUUGACGAAGCGCUGAAAACCCAACGGAAUGAAGGGGUUGCGAAGAAUGUCUUGUUGUUUGUUGGGGAUGGAAUGGGACCCAACACCAUCACUGCAGCCCGCAUCUACAAGUCCCUGGAGAACUCUAGUUUAGUUUUUGAAAAUUUUCCACAUAUAGGACUGAUAAAGACUUACUGUGUGGACAAGCAAGUUCCUGAUUCAGCCAGUACUGCAACUGCAAUAUUCUCUGGAGUGAAGAACAAUUUUGAAACGGUUGGUGUGAGCGCAGCUGUAACAUUGGACGACUGCAAGUCUUCUCUUGAUCCUAAACACAGGCUCAGCACCAUCGUGGAUUGGGCACAAGCAGCGGGGAAAAGCACAGGUUUUGUAACUACAACCAGAGUGACCCAUGCGACGCCCAGCGCUCUCUACGCUCACUGCCCCAACAGGAAGUGGGAAUGUGACACUAAGAUGCCGUCCUCCGCCUCCGAUUGUAAAGACAUUGCUCGCCAGUUAGUAGAGGAUGAACCUGGCAAGAACUUAAAGGUGAUCAUGGGAGGAGGUAGGCAGUGUCUCAUGACUAACUCAUCAGUGACGCCUCAAGACCCCCGAGACACGUGGGCAUGUAGCCGAGGCGACAAUCGAGACUUGGUACAAACAUGGGUCAAACACAAACAACAGCUUGGGCUCAGCCACAGCUACCUCACAAACACAGACGAUCUGACUCGCUUGGAUCCCAACAAUGUGGACUAUGUUCUCGGACUCUUUGCCAACGGACACAUGAAGAUGGACUAUGAAAGAGACAAGACAUCAGCAGGGAUGCCUUCAUUGACCCAGAUGACUGAGACAGCACUCAAAGUACUUCUUAAAAGUGAAAAAGGAUUUUUGUUAGUGGUGGAAGGUGGCAUGAUAGACUACUCUCAUCACCGUGGUCGGGCCAGAGCAGCUUUGGACGAGACAGUGGCUCUGGAGUCAGCUGUUCAGGCGUCACUGGACCUACUGGCUGAGAGAGGAGUCUUGCUCGACACAUUGGUGAUCGUCACCAGCGACCACUCUCACUCUCUCGCCAUCAACGGCAACCCUCCCCGAGGCAACAACAUCCUUGGUUUAUCUCAAGUGUCCAAACAAGAUGGCAUCUCAUUCACAACAUUGCUGUAUGCAAGCGGAGGAAAAGACAAUUUCCAGUACGAGGUGAAGGAAGGCAACGUGAGCCGCCAAGAUCCCUCUUCAUCGGACACCACCAGCUUUGACUAUGCCCAGCAAGCCGUUGUGUUGGAGGAGGAGGCUCGCCAUGACGGAGGAGACGUUGCAAUUUAUGCUACAGGUCCCCAAGCUCAUUUGUUUCACAGAGUUCACGAACAGAACUACAUCGCUCACGUUGUUGCAUAUGCCGCCAAGAUCGGAAAGUAUUCCAAUAGUUCCUCGCAACUUCUUACAUCAGUUCCUAUUUUACUGUUCAUGUCGUUUUUGUCCAUCUACAAAUAAAGCCAUGUUAGUAUUA